GGAUGGGAAAAUGCUGCAUGCAUAUGCACUGUAUUUGAGAGGAUGCUGUAAUGUAAUGCAAGAUUUACAGUAUUUGGAGGAACUUGAUAUCCCAUCGAACCUAAGGCUAAUUACAUCCAAACUACCCUACAAACUCAGAGAAGGGUGGCGAAGCACAGCUUAUGAGACACAACAGAGAACCGGCAGGAGAAUCAGAUUUCACAACUUUAUGGAUUUUGUGGAAAAGCAUGCCAAGAUGCUUUUGGAUCCGUUGUUUGGAGACAUUCAGGACCAAAUAACAAUGAAAAGGCCUCUUCCAAGAAGCACAAGUGAAUUAAAACCAAUCAGCCAAAGACACAGCAGCUUUGCUACUUCAGUAGCUGUGAAUACAAAGCCAGCAGGAUGCACUGUAAAACAAUCAUCUGUUCCACAACAACCUGCUCAAACCACACCCAGUGGUAUCAUCCCUUCAUGUGGAUAUUGUCAUGGCAAACAUGCUCUGAUUGACUGCUCACAAUUCAAAACACAGUCACAUGACAAGGUUGAAUUUUUAAGAAGGCAAGGAUAUUGUUUUGGUUGCCUACUAAAAGGUCAUUUAAGCAAAAAUUGUAAAAGAAGAUUAAUGUGUCAUGUUUGCAAAAUGAAACAUCCUACUGUACUUCAUAUUCCAAGUGAAAAAGGCCCAAGACAGGAAAAUCAAGCAAAGUCCACUGCUGAGACAGAAGAAACCCCUAUAAGCAGUACUCUUGUUUCAGCCGGUGAUGCAACCGGGGCCGGGAAAGACUGUGCACCUGCAAUCAUGCCAGUCAGAGUUAAGACGGCAAUCAUGGAGGACGACUGUGUGUGUACUUACGACUCGACCUGGGACACAGAGAGUGAUGGAGAGGACCAGGCCGCAGAUGGUCAACAUCGUCGAUCUAGUCUAGACAAAUAUAAAUCUGGAUACCCUAAUCUUGCAGAUGAAGAGUACUCAGAGGACAAAAUGAAGAAUUUGCAGUUUUACCUCAAUAAAUUCCCCUCUUCACCUGAUAAUGUCUACAUUGAAUCGUUCCUCAAAGAAUGGAAGAAUGACUACAAAAAGCUGGAAAGUGUUCUCUCAUACAUUCAGUGGCUGUUUCCACUCCGAGAACCAGGGGUAAACUACAUGGCGUCUGAACUCACCAAGAAGGAAAUUGAGGCCUUUAAGGGUAAUGAUGAUGCGAAAAAGAGGCUAGUGGAGUCCUAUGAACUCCUGUUGGGCUUCUACGGCGUCCGCCUGGUUAACAAAGAGACGGGUGAAGUGACACGAGCAGACAACUGGAAAGAGCGCUUCAGGAACCUUGAGCAGAACAUGCACAACAACAUGCGCAUCACUCGCAUCUUAAAGAGUCUGGGCGAGCUAGGAUUUGAGCACUAUCAGGCACCGCUCGUUCGCUUCUUCCUCGAGGAGACUCUGGUCAAGAAAAACCUCACCAGUGUUAAACACAGCGUACUUGACUACUUCCUGUUUGCGAUUCUGGAUAAACAACAACGCCAGGAGUUGGUGAGCUACGCCUACCUUCACUUUGAACCAAAGGAUACAUUUGUGUGGUGUCCCAGGAAGAUUCAGAGGCAGUUUAAGAAGUUCAGAAAGAAAGAAAAACAUCGGCAUUCCUCCUCUUCUUCUUCCACAAAAGACCAUUACGAAGAUAAAGAAAAAUCACGGACUCCACCAAGGACAAGACCAUGGACAAUGGAACAAGGAAACAUAUAACAAGACCAUGGACCAUGGAACAAGGAAACAUAUAACAAGACCAUGGACCAUGGAACAAGGAAAUAUAUAACAAGACCAUGGAACAAGGAAACACAUAACAAGGCCAUGGACCUAAGACCAUGGAACAAGUAAAGACAUUUCCAGAUGCCAAAGGCUUUGUAAGAAGUGUUUUGGUUAAAACCAAGACCAACACAGUUCAACGACCAAUAGAUGAACUCUGCCUGCUAAUGGAAGCAGCUUGAUGGACUGAGGGGGGCUUCGGUUCUCCAGCCUCGAUGACCGCUUCAGAUAUGACUAUGGACUUUGAUGAGACUUGACUAAUAACUCAAGUAACUUAAUUAAUUUUGAAUUUGAAGAACAUAAUUGUUUGGAUUAUACUGUUCUAUUAUGGCUCCUGUGAAUAUUAUUAUUUAUGUAAUUGUUUUGCUAAAGCACACAAUUAGGGGCCGGGGUGUUGGAGCCAGUUGGAGUCUAUCUAUAUUAUUUAUUUAUUAAUUGUUUGACAAUGAAAUCAAAUAAUGUCAAGAAUGAUGUUAAUGAAUUAUUGGAUGUUUUAGAUUUCAUUGUGAUUGACUGAUUGUUUUCAGCUGCUCACAAUCCUACUGGUGAGCCACUUCCUCCUCCUAUAAUUAAGAAGACAGGACAACUGGGUGCCCUUUGUCUGUCUAUCAUGUUGAAGGAGUGAGGAGUGAAACAGUUUGUUUACCACUAAACAAGUUAUUUUGAAGCCACGCUAAACAAGUUCUUUUGAAGCAACAAGUUAUUUUGAAGCCACGCUAAACAAGCCACGCUAAAACAAGUUAUUUUGA